ACCUCGGCGGUGCCGCUCACCGCGGCCGGGAGCGCGGCAGGCCGCGCUGCAGCCCCCGCGCUCGCUUCCCGCUGCCCGGCGGGGUCUGAACCCUUUGGCAGUUCGCUCUGGUUCCCAGGCAGUUCUGACAGCUCCCGAGCAGCUCCCAAAACAGCGCUGUCCCGGACAGCCCGACGUGGGCUGGAGCUCCGGCAUCGGGUGGGAGUUAGCGGUCACCAUAGACCAGUCGGUGCCCCCCUCAGUCAGUGGUGCCGGGCGGGUUAUAAUGCCUCUUAAGAAGGUAUAAACGUUCAUAAUUAGAAAAACCUUUAGGCUCUAAGGAAUUAGUUCAUCUUUAGAAAUAGCCACCUUCGUUAUAAUUAAAAAUACAGAGUCAAAUCGGUACCUCUGUGCGGAUUGUUUGCAGUUCUGUCAUCAACACUGCCAGCCUGCAAUUAAAAUACAGACUUCAGAUGUUCCAAGCACAUUUCUUAUAAGGAUGCUGGAGUGCAUUUUUCUUGUAAGGCGUACAGGGAAAAAAUGGAGAUUCUGAGAAAAAUACAGGAGAGUGAUGUUGUCAGCUGUGGCAACAGCUGGUAGGUUUGAGCUACCUAGCCUCAAAAAAGUUGGUACGUGAGAAUUGUCAUUGACUUACUCACUGGCCUGUGAGAGUGUGCAGGAAGCCAUGCAGGAGUGGGCCUUCCCCAUGUUCAGCAAAGGGAUGCCUGGAGGCUUAUGCUGUCUUUCUUUGUACAAGGUCAUCUGGAUUUAGAGCCAGAUCCUACUUGGGGUAUUCCUACUGAAAUUAAAAGAGAAGUGAGGUCACCUACUGCUGUUCAGGUUGGGACUGAUUUUGCAUUAGACAAGACAGCUGAGUGAAUUUGUGCAAUUAAGUCAUUCUGAGUAAUGAUCAGAAUCAACACAGUCACAUCUCCAAAAAGGAGCAGAGAGAAGCACUUUGUGUGUUUUUGCUGCUAAGUAAAAAAAAAAAAUAAUGCUGACUUUAAUUAACAAAAUGCAUCUUUUGUUUUUUGCCAAAACAAACAUUUGGAAGUUUAAUUUUUUAAACUUUUUUUUUGUGUGAAAGCAAAGAUAAUGAAGGUCUCGAUUUACUUGGGAGUCUCUGUGGUCCCUGAGGAGCAGUCAGAUUGUAAGAAACAUCUCUUUGCCUGAGAAGACACCUCUGAGUUACCAGUUAUUAUGCUGUAGUGGGUGGCCAGUUGGUGGCCCAAGGAGAGAACAAGGCAGUUCUAACUGGCCACUGGAAACACUACCAUGUGCUGGGUGGAACCAGCCUAGGGCUGUCGCUGAGCUCAAGCUAAUGAGCAGCUUUAUGGGAACAAGAUGCUUGGAAACUCGGCUGGCUUUCCAAGGAGCUGCCUCUUGCUGCACGGGCACUCUCAUCCAUUCACAGGAAACCAACCUGUUUGUGGAGAGGAGCAGAGCAGCUGCGUUUGUGUGGCAUGGUGUCUGAGAAAUGAACUCUGAAACCCAUCUGCCUUCCUACUCUCAUAGCCUCUCCCAAUUACCGUGUCCUUUACCUCACCCUUCUUGAGAGCCCCUUCUGCACGUGUCUCACCUGCUACCUUUAAAUCUCGCAGUAUUCCCUGAAGGAUGCCUCACAGCACCUGUCACUAUCCAGGGUAUCCUCCCCUCUUGUUGUUCUGUUGAAGAACUGACAAUUGGAAAUAGGGAUCCAGCCUCCAAAUAAAUGGGGGAGCCUCAGCUGUUAAUACUCCUGGGUUAUCUGUGAUGCGGUACAGUUAGUGCUACUUGCUUUGCAUAAAUAUUAGUUGGAGCAGGACAGGAAUCCAGGUGUCAUCUCUCCCACGUAAGAGUUCUGACCAUCAGGCCAGAUAAGAGCACGUCUCACUCAAGAGAUGGUUAUUUGACGUAAAACUGAUCAGUUGCAGUGGGAGGGAAUUGAGGGAGAUCUGUUCUAGCAGGGCUGGAAUGCUUGCUUGAGAGGCGUGACACUGGCUUAUCUUCUCUGCUCGUAUCUGCGUACUGCCUAACUAAAAUUUUCCAUUAAAAUUCAGUUUAAUGGAACAAGUAAUUUUUCCUUUCAGGUACACGGGAAUUUGAGAGAUCUGAAGGGAAUGGUUAAAGCAAUGUUAAGUAGUUUUGACAGCACAGAGAGAAGCAGCACGUGGAACCUAGUGCUGUGAAGAAACCUGUUACACGUUGGGGGCAGGAUGUGUAGUAUCUCAGGAAGCACAAAAAGCAGGUCUAACAGACGUAUAUACUCUGAAGGCUGCAGAAAUCUUGUAUUUAAAAAUAAAUCUGAAACAAAGCCAGUAUAUGCUCCCAAGAGGAGCAUACGGUUGCAUCUUUACUAAAAAUGUCUGUGCAAUCACACAGGCAUGGCUACAACUGGCCCUGCCAGUCUGGUAUCUGUGCACUGUGACACCUUGUCAGCUGUAUAUUCAGUUUAACUGCUGAACCAACUUGCUUUUUCAGUCAGAAUCUGAAACUUAAAUGUGGUUUGCAAAGUUGCUUUAAGAGUUGAAAUCAAGAAAGUACUAAAUGCAAAGGUUAGGCGCAUGUAUAUAUAUAGAUUUUAGUUAUACAAAUGCCAAAAAGAGUUGAUGGUUGGUCUCCCUCUACCCUGAAAUACGCAAAUGAAGAUAUUUCUUGAUAGGAGAGGUGUGGGUGUACUCACACAUCUUCUCCACUUGUUUUAAGUGAGAAGAUUUCUUGGUGACAGAGAAAGUUGAUUUUUAAUAACGUUCAAGCCAAACUUACCAGGCUUUUCUGUGACUUUUACUGAACCACACUCUGCAGCUGCAUAUUGUUCUGGCUUCCUCAUGGAAGAAAAUUUGCAAUUGAUCUAGACCGUAGAAUUUUAACCUUUUUAAUGAUACCCUAGCAGAAGGUACAACAGCAACUCAGACUGCUAAGAAAAACAAGAACAGUAACAGCUGAUGAACCCAUGAGUUUAGAAUGCCCAGUUACACGCAGCAGCUUGUUUACAAACAUCUCACUACAUCCAUUCAUCAGCUAGGCACAGGAGUACAGUCAUUCCUGUCUUGUGCUCUUGCUGAUGGAAGCCAUAAUCUGUGGGUUGGACGCUGCCGAUGAGCAUUGCCCACUGACUUCAACCGCUUGUUUUCCCAGCGGGUCCUCUUGAGGAUGAGCAAGGAGGACAUUGAAGACUGCCUGUGUGAUACUGCAUGUAUGUGCGGUUCACCUUGCCCUUAAUCCAUGUGAAGACCUGUUGGAAUCGCCUUCAAGAAACGUAACAGCUUUCAGUCUCCUAAUAAAUUCUUUUGUGUCCAAGAAGAGCCUGUCCAAAUGAGCAAGACAUCCCAACAGAACACUGCUACAGAUGCGAACGGAGUAAGCGUGAUUCACACCCAAGCACACACCAGUGGUUUGCAGCAGGUUCCCCAGCUGGUGCCCGUUAGUCCUGGUGGUGGAGGCAAAGCUGUGCCUCCAAGCAAACAGGGAAAGAAAAAUUCCUUUGUGGAUAGAAACAGUGACGAAUAUCGUCAGCGCAGAGAGCGAAACAACAUGGCAGUGAAAAAGAGUCGGCUAAAAAGCAAGCAGAAAGCACAAGAUACAUUGCAAAGGGUCAACCAGCUCAAAGAAGAAAAUGAACGUUUAGAAGCAAAAAUUAAGCUCCUGACCAAGGAGCUGAGCGUACUGAAAGACUUGUUCCUUGAGCACGCGCACAAUCUUGCAGACAAUGUGCAACCUGUUGGCACUGAAACCACCACAACAGAUCCAGAAAACAAUGGACAGUAGACACUGUUGCAGCCUUACGAAAUGAACUCUUGAGGUGCAGCUUGUCUGCGAUGCCCAUACAGUAACCAAGCAAAAACUCUGUUCUAACUAUCAUUUCAUGGAAAUUUUCUUCUUUUUAGGUUUAACACUGAAGAUUUGAUACAAUUAAACCAGAAACUGCUUAGGGUAUUUGUUUAAAAUAUUUUUCUCCUCUAGAAGAUUUAUCUAAUAAAUGCAGAUCUAAAUUCAUUGUCAACAAGGAGCUUAGUAUUAGGGAAAUAGCAUUUUCACAGAAAUGUUCGCUUACCUUCUUAGAGUUUGCAUAACAGAAGGAAUCCAGCAGGAUGGUUCACUGUAGUAUCAGAACCUUGUAAUUGGAUACAAUGUUUUCAAAAUACCUUUUACUGUAUUUAAACCCUUUGUUUUCUUCAUUACAUAUUACAAAACUGCAAAGGCCGUGGAGGGUGUUUGCUUUCCUCUCUGGUGGACUACUUUAAAUAUGUAGAGCAGGUCCUACAAAGUACCACUUAGGUCUUUCCUGUCCAGUUAGUUAAUGGGGAAGGUUUAGUAAUAGUGAGCUGGGAUGCUUACUAGUGUUUUCUAGAAAAAUAGCAAUAUACUAUGAUGAUACAUACAGGCAGUUGGCUUCCAAAUGGCAAAUCAGUCUGAAGCAUCAGUUACAAGAGGUAAAGCAGCACACUGACAAAGCCUUGUAAGCCUGUGUUCACAUUGCUCACAUGGUGACUGGGGCCUUAUGAGAAGAAGAUUUUAGUUUUCAGUAAAUGUCAAAAUGCUACCAAAAAACUGUGCUCUGCAAGAUUGCAUUCUUGCUGGGGUGCAGGUAUCAGGGAGAACAAAAUGUGCAGCUUGGCUAGGCAGUCAAAGGGGUAAGACAGCAUCUGUUCAGCCAGAAUGUAUGGAUCACUGGUCACUGACGUUUGUUUUGAUGGCUGUUCAGAUUUGCCGCGAAGAUCUUAUAGAAAUUGACAGUCAUUAAAAAAAUAAAUGCCCCUAGUUUGAAUAACUGAUUCAGUGGAAUUUCUAUAGCCACCAUACAGUUGUGUGAAGGAGUAUCUUCGGUCUUGUUUUAUUUUCAUAAAAGUUUUCUAUAGCAACUUUUUUAAUGCUAGUGCUAAGUCUUUGCCACGAUCCAUAAUGCAGUGGUAUGUACUAUAUUGAGGAUUUAAACAAUAAAAGUGAAGCAGGACCUUUGAUGUAACCUUAAUUUAUUUUCAUUUUUAAGUAUUUCAUUGAUGGUAUGGUUGUGUUACAUUUAACUUGUGUGUCUGGCUAGUGGAUUAGUACACUUGGUUUCCUUCCUACACUACCUUUUUCCAUAGAUUAUUUUGUAGGAUGCUUGUUUGCCUUGUAUCUGUACUUAGGAAGAGAACCUGGAUAGGAUCUCUAUGAAGAUGCUGUUAGAAAAUGAAACCUUGAAAAGUUCUUUUUGAAUUUAAACUUUUUAAUACAUGCGGAAAACUUCUAUGGAUUGUUUUGGAUUAUGGUAGUCUUUUUACAAAGAUAUGUUUUUUGGUUCUAGCUGCAGCUUAAGUAGGUAGGGUUGAAAUAUCAGAAGCUAAUAAAAACCUUUUGCUUCUA